AUGGCCGAGAACGCAACACCGACAAGCGCAAAGGACACAGGCGCCGAUGCCUCGCGUGGUGUGCCAUACUACGAGCGACUGCGACGCGACUUACGCGAUCUCCUCCAAAAGAAACGCGCUAUCGACAACGGCCUGCUCCAGCUCGAAGACAACAUCCUGCGACAGGAGACGACUUACCUCGAGGAGACCAGCGCGGGGAACAUCAUCAAGGGCUUUGACAACUACAUCAAGGGCGCCGCGACAACCACAACCACAGGUGGGGCAGGCACGGCUACGCGACGAAAGGCCCCCAUCAGCGAUGCGGACAGGAUCUUCACCCGAAGCUCCAACAGCUUCCUGAGAGAAGCGUCCAUCCCCGGUUCGGCAACCACCACUCCAUCACACGCGCCCACGCCGACGUCGUCGUUUCCCACCCGCGAAUCGAGCCAGCCUACCAACGGCGCAAACAAGGCAGCAGGAGGAAGUAAGAAGAAGAAGGUUGGGGACGACGAUGACACUGAAGACAGAUCAGUGAAGCGCAACAAGAUCUCGUACGCGAGAGAGUGA